GCUCUGCAGCAGGGACACCAUGUCUGUGCAUCCCUGCUGCGGGAGCUGGACACGCCCACCCGGACACGGAAGGAGACCCUGGAGCCAGCUGGCCUGUCCCAAGGUUCGCCGGAUCUUAGACAUCUGGGCUAGCGGCCGCGGUGUCCUUUCCCUACACUGCUUCCAGCACACGGUGGCCAUGGAGGCGUACACGCGGGAGGCCUGCCUGUUGGACGCCCUAGGUAUCCAGACACUGACCAACCAGAAACAGGGCCACUACUAUGGAGAGGCUGCCUACUGGCCACCCACGAAGCGGCGGCGCUUGGGGGUGUAUCUGCUGCACCGCGCUCUGCUAGUUUUCCUGGCUGAGGGGGAAGGAGAGCUGAGGCCGCAGGACAUCCAGGCCCGAGGCUGA